AUGGAUUCAGAUUGGAGAGAGCUAGAUCAAUACCUUGCUCUGAACGAUGAGGAGUUUGCGGCGAUUUUCGGCUCAGCGUCUGGAGACCGCGUUGGCUCCCAAAGUCGAACUAUGGAACCUCCCGUGCAGCUUGGACCAGAUGCUAUCGGAGAUGAUGUCUCUCCCCCGAAAGGCAUCCAUAAACCGAGCGCUCACAAAAAGCGACGCAAUCGAAACCGAAAGCGCUACGCUUGUAGCCAUCCCGGCUGUACCUUUUCAGCUACCUGGAAGGCUGCGAUGAUACGCCAUGAGAAGAAGCACAGCGAUCCUUCAUAUGUGUAUGUCCCGGCGAGGGCGCGGCAGACUUAUAGUAGGUGUCGCCACUGUGGCAGCUUCUCUAAGAGGACUGGGCAUGGGCUAGUAGGGGUACCGGUGGAUCCUUUGCACAGUCAAUGGAGAGGGAUUGAUAUACCCGGGGGUCAGGGUGGUGUUCAAGGCCACAUCAACUUGAAUCAGAAUACGGCGUCGUCCUCGAACGUCAGGGGUUUUUCUAAUACAGGCGUGGAUGGUUUCUUUAUGGGUGGGUCGCAGAAUCUCCCCAUUCCCGGUCCUCAGGUUUUAGAUUCCACUGCCAAUGCCGCCGUGAGUGCAUUAGCAUUGGCACCGGCUGCGCCUGCCAAUCAGUAUGACUAUGUUCAUCCUAGGCCUAACAUUGUCGACUUUGACUUCUCGGCCGCUCCUGCUGCUUCAUCAUCAGCUGCUGGUCCCAGUUUCCUCGGCUGGUUCGAAUCUGGCUCAGAGCCGGGCCAUCCCCUCGGUACCGGUCACGGUAUUCGAGCACCUGUCCCUAUGCAAGGCUAUAACCAGGCCCAGGCCAGUGACUUGAUCAACUCCGACUUUGACAAGUGGCUGAACUCUGGUUGGGAAGGUGUCGCAGGUCCUGCAUCGGGUGCACCUACUAACCCCGCCAUUAUGCCUGCGGAGACGCAUCAAGUUUUCCAACAGACUUUGGAUUUUGAGGGGUCCGGCGGGAGUGAUUUGUACGGUGCGCAGCAGGCCCCGCAAAUGGGAGACACAACUACUAGUGUGACGGCCGGUGAUCAGCAGCCUCAGGGAGAUGACGAUUUGGGGAAACUCCUGGAGUUCUUCGACUGGUCGGCUGACUCGGAUGAUGGGAGUGUUCAAGCAAGUUGA